AUGAGUAACGAGUGCGAAAUUGCAAUAGCGGGAACAGGAUGGGGUAUUUAUCACUACUUCCUUAUCAUAUUGUCUGGCUUGCUGUCGCUGGCAGAAGCAAGCACUUCUUUAACUGUUCCCAUCGUGGCACCGUUUUUACUGUGUGAAUUCAAGCUCAACAAAGAUCAAGCCACCAUGCCUGUCGCCACUUCCAGUUUCGGAAUGGCGGUGGGAGCAUUCCUGUUCGGGUCUAUAUCAGACACCGCCGGACGUAAGAAAUCGAUCGCAGUGUCCACGGGCAUUGUGUUCUGCGCCUCGGCCGGUUUGUCCUUCGCCCAAACAAAUUUUCUGAUAAACCUAUCAGUGUUCGUGCUGGGAUUGGGGUGAGAUUUCAUCUCUUCAUGGUGCACACGGCUGGAGACAAUCGGGACAGUCCGAUAAACUUCGCUGUGACAAAUUAGUUUAAUAAAAUUGAUACGAAUCGCUUUACAAGA